AUGGGAGAUAAUUGUCCUCCACACAAGCGGCCCAAAAUUCUCUGCUUCCACGGCUCCGGCUCCUCUGGUGCAAUCUACCAAGCACAGGGUCGGAAACUUUUUCGGGCUUUAGAAAAAGAUUUUCAAUUCGUCUACUUUGACGCGCCAUUCCCCUCUGUUCCAGGGCCAGGCAUGCGGCCAGCGUAUGAAGAUUCAGGCCCCUUCUUCCGUUGGCAAAGCGACGAUAAGGCGUUUGAGAACUUUGAUAUCACCGAGGAAGAGGUUUAUCAAGAAAAGCAAGAAACGUUGAAUCGCAUAAUGAGACAUGUGGAGAAUGGUGGCGAUGAACCUUUUGUUGGAAUUUUUGCCUUUUCACAAGGCGCCCGCGUCGCCACUGGUUUUCUGAGGUAUAUACAGAAAAGACAUCUGGACGGAGCGACAAAUCUUCCACUGUUCAAGUUCAUAGUUCUCAAUAGUGGGACUUAUCCACCUCUAACUCUGGAGGAAGACACUGAAUUCACUGAUGGAUUCAAGGCACUGGAGGAUAAGCAACCACCUGCGACAAGGCCUCGGUUUCAGCAGUUCCCACUUGCAUCAAUACAUGUUCAGGGCUUGUACGACCCUUGGAGGGCGGAAUCAUCAAAAUUGCUGGGCCUCUAUGAUAGCCAACAGUCAAGCGUUAUCGAGUUUAGAGGAGGCCAUCAGGUCCCAGUAACGGACAAGGACACAAAUCUGGUGGUUAAGGCAGUGCGAGAAAUGUAUGAGAAGAUUACCUAG